CUAGGUGGAAGAAGGGGGCUGUGUACUCAUUGGCUAAGAGGAGACAAAAGUGCUCACCCUCCCACACACACACACACAAACUUAAAGAGCCUGCAGAGUUCAGAGAGAGCAAGCACACUCCCUAGGAAGGCAGUAACAGCUGAAACAAUCUGAAAGCUCCAGACUUUAUAAAAUUUUGACGAGGAUUAACUCGGCCACACAGUCUCCUUCCUCAUCGUAGUCCAGACUGAGGCAGCAGAGAUGGCAGUCAGCUCGUUCGACAGAAGGCAGUGGGCCUCCCAGUCUCUCCGCGUCACAGCGAAAGAGCUCUCCAUCGUUGGAACACGGGGGAAAAACACCGCCAUUGCAGAGCGAUUCUCAAAGUACCAGAAAGCAGCUGAAGAGAUCAACAUUGACAAGAAGAAAGCCGUGGAAGGCGUCACCCUGCACCCCGGCUCCCUGAGCGCGCUGAAAAAGCGCUGGGAAACCGAACAACCGAUCUCUUCCGACCAAAGUCCACACACCCCCUCAGCAUCCACUCCACCAAGACCUGCCUUCUCUGAUCUGAAGGGGUCCGCGAUGGAGAGGACGCCGCAGAGGGACGUAGAGGACGUGGACAAGCCCAACGUGCCUCUCAGCAGCCUCAAAACGGUGUUCGAGGGCAAGGCUUCUGGAGAGUCGGCGCAAACAUCAGGAAGCGGCUCUGACAAAAUGGAAUUCGGAGACAAAGGAGCGUUUGAGACAAUGGUGGAGACCACGCCCCUCAGGGAGAGAAUGGCCCUCUAUCAGGCAGCACUGUCUAAACUAGACAUGUCCUCGUCCCCUUGUCGCCAGAGCGAAUCGGACAUGGAGGCACGUGUUUUUAGCGGGAAGCAGAAGGAAAACGUCCCUCCGGUCCCGCUGGAUAUGACCUUCAGCCCUGAGCCUGACAGCAGGAAAUCUCCAGCCACAGAUAACAGCGAUUUUCCUCUUUCUUCAGACUCCAGUUCGACGACUCCUGUUUCUGAGCACGGCCCGAACAAAACCAUUAAGAAGUUCAGUUUGCCUCCACGUGAGAGUUGUGUGAUGUGCACGAAGACCGUGUACCCCCUGGAGCGACUGGUCGCUAACCAGCAGACUUAUCACAACUCCUGCUUCCGCUGCACUCACUGCAACACAAAGCUGAGCCUCGUAAACUACGCCUCUCUCCACAACAACGUCUACUGCAAGCCGCACUUCUCCCAGCUCUUCAAGGCCAAAGGGAAUUACGACGAAGGUUUCGGACACCGACCCCACAAGGAGCUGUGGGACCCCCGAGGAGAGGAGAACGCAGACGACCAGGGGGACAAGGAGGAUCCCCCGGAAAGCACCAGCAGCCCUAUGAUGGAGGAGUGUCCUCUGGUUAAAGUCAACGUCCUCGCCGCGUCGCUGGAGACACAAGCUCAGGAUGCGUCCGAGAGAACCGAGAAGCCACUGGAAACCAGACGGCUGAAGAUCUCCUGGCCUCCGAGAACAGACACAGAGGAAGCUACGUGUCAGUCCGGUGUGCUGGCCGAGGAGGCCGCAGUGUGUCCCAUUCGCCCGAAAUGGCCACCAGAGGGCGACUCAAGCCCAGUUUGUACAAAACCAGCAGAGCUCUCCGACAUCCGCAGGAGCUCCUCGCUUAAAGAGCGCAGUCGCCCGUUUUCAGCUAGCAGCCCUGCCUCAGCUGUCGAUCAACCUGCUCUGAUACACCCCACUCAGCCAAUCGAAAAGGAGGAAAUAAGCGAAGCUGCUGAACAGGAAGAAGAAAAGGAAGUGGAAGUACAAGGUGAUGGAGUCACCGAAGAGAAAGAUCAGCCUGAAGAAGACGAGCCACCGUCGUUCACGUGCAAGAGCACGUCCCUGGAGGACACGCCUCCUUCCUCCCCUAUUAGCGAGGGUGAAUCCAACUCGGGGUUUGAGCAGAAACACUCCCAGGAUGUCGGAUUUUGGGACGGCGAGGAAGAGCAGGACGAGUCGGUCGAGGACGUGAUCAGGAAGAACCGUUAUUACGAAGACGACGAGGGCGAAAGCGAUGACUGAUCCGAAUAAUAAUAAACGAGUGAAACGAAACAGAAGUCUGUUUUCAUUCCACCGGCUUCCGAAGACUCGUCCAAUGGUUUUCCUUUUCUCUGAGGUUUUUAAUCCUGGGGCUGAAUCCAGAUUCCAUAUGGGAAAGAUGCACAAGGUUCUAUUUUUAAAUGGUACUUUUUAUCUAUGUCCGGUGUCUGUUUUUUUUUUUUUUAAAUGUCUCUUUCGAUUUUAUAGCAUCUUUUUUAUAACGUUAGUUAGAAGAGGUCCGGAUCUUGUUCCACGUCAAAAAAAAAAACCCUCUUCCCCUUUUCUCCAACGCAAAAAGCCAAAUUGAUGACGGGGGACAAAAACAAAGACUCGUCCGCUUUCUUUAGCGCUUCCUCCAACUUACUGUGAACUCAUGGAACACUGGUGAACUAUUAGAAAUGCAGAAGGUAAAAACAGCUGUAUUUUUAACCACUGUUCAACUUUUCCACUCUUCUUCUGCUUGCUAGUUUUCUCUGCACCUACGUAAUUAUUUCAUACUCUACAGAAACCCAUAAAACAAGUACAAGGAUAAAAAGUAGUUCAAGUCAUUUAGUUAUUUUUUUCAUUCCAAAAGCAACAUGAAUGGUUUCUGAGCCUUAGGAUCUUGGCAGUCGUGCACCUGUAGGAACUUCAGAGGCUCUGAAGACUUUGUGGAAAUUUCUCUGUAGUCUUUUAAAUGUUCAUGCUCAUGUACUAUGUAUGGAUUUAUCAAUUUUUGUACUUUUUUUUUUUUUUUUUUUU